AUGUGGUCUCCAUGGAGAAAGCUCCGCCUCCCUCGUCGCGGAGCCGCCUCCCCCACGCCACCGCCCCCGCUGCUGCCGCCGCCCCCUUCCUCCUUCUUGCGCUCCUCCUCCUCCUUCAAGGACGUCCGCUCCCUCCUCGGCGAUGACGACACCGACGACCCAUCCACGACACCCUACUGGGCGUCCCUGUCCCCAUCCCCGUCACCAUCCCCAUCACCGUCUCCGAUGCUAUCGCCGGCGCCGGUAUUUCACCGCGUGCGGUCCGCCUCCUCCGCCUUCCGCACGUGGUGCACCCCGCCGGAGGACCUCUUCGGCCUGCCCCCCGGCGAGGAGAAGCGGAUCGUCCUCUACUACACCUCCCUCCGCGUCGUCCGCCAGACCUUCGACGACUGCGCCGACGUCCGGACCAUCCUCCGCGGGCUCCGCGUCGCCGUCGACGAGCGCGACGUCUCCCUCGACGCCGCGUUCAUGCGGGAGCUAAAGGGCAUCCUCGGCGGCCGCCGCAAGCCGCUCGGCCUCCCUCAGGUGUUCAUCGGGGGGCGCCACUUCGGCGGGGCCGAGGAGAUCCGGCGGCUUUACGAGACCGGGGAGCUGAAGCGGUAUGUGGAGGGGGCGGCGCCGGCGGUCGUAGGGGUAUGCGAGGGCUGCGGUGACUUCCGCUUCGUACUCUGUCGGAGCUGCAGCGGAUCCCGCCGGUGCUACUCCGAGAAGGGCGGGGGGGGAUUCCGGACAUGCACCGCCUGCAACGAGAACGGCCUCGUGAGGUGCCCACUCUGCUGCGCCCACACCACCGUCUGAUCACGAUC